AUGGCGCCUCCGUCUCCCCAGCCGCGAGUGCGCGUGCUCGAACGCAUCCGCGUCGAGCCGCAGCCAUCUGGUUCUGAGCAAGAAGAACCUGCGCUCCCUCUCACCUUCUUCGACGUUGCCUGGCUCUUCACCGGCCCCGUCGAGCGCCUCUUCUUCUUCCGCCACCCGGAGCCGGCCUCCACGCUCCCGCUCCUCCGCUCCUCGCUCUCCCUCGCGCUCCGGCGCUUCUACCCGCUCGCCGGCAGAAUCAGGCCCCACGCGCCCUUCCUCUGCUCGUACACCCGUGGCGCCGAUGCCCUCACCAUGGUCGUCGCCGAGUCGGACAGCUCCGUCGAUUUCGACCGCCUCGUCGCCAGGUCGCCCAGGGACCUAGCCCUGAUCCGCCCGCUCGUGCCGCAGCUGCCGCCGCCGGGGGACGACGGAGCGUUCGCGCUCGCCGCCGUGCAGGUCACCGUCUUCCCUGGCCGCGGCCUCUGCCUCGGCGUCUCCGUCCACCACGCAGCUUGCGACGAUGCCUCCACCAUGCACUUCGUCCGCACCUGGGCCGCGGCCUGCCGCCUAGGCCUCGAGAACGACGAAGGAUCCGAGGACACCCUGCUGCCGCCGCCGCCGGUGCUGGACCGGUCCGUCGUCGCCGACCCCAACGACCUGCGGGGGAAGACGCUCGCCGGGAUGGCGCGCCUCGCCCCUCCCCCUCCCCCGACACCUCCGCCGCCGCAGCAGGAGGAGAACACGCCGAUGGUGAUGGCGUCGUUCUUGCUGCCGCGCGAGCAGAUCGACCGGAUCAAGGAGGGCGCGGCGGCAAAGGCAGACGCAAAGGCGUCGUCUUUCGUGGCGGCGUCGGCCUUGGCGUGGGUGUGCCUCCUCAAGUCCGGUUCCGCUGGCGUCGCGGGCGCCCAGCACAGCCACAUGCUCUUCUCCGCCGAGUGCCGGUCCAGGCUGACGCCACCACUGCCAGCCGAAUACUUCGGCAACUGCCUGCGCCCCUGCUUCGUGGAAGCCGCCACGGCGGACCUUCUCUCUGGCGAAACAGCGGACGGCGUGGCUGCGGCGGCGGCGGCGGCGAUCGGGAGCGCGAUCCGGGAGAUGGAGCAGGGCGUGCUGGAAGGCGCGGAGGGGUGGCUGGGCAGGGUGCUGUCGGUGCUUCCGGAGCGGCCCAUGUCCGUGGGCGGGUCCCCCAGGCAUGGCGUGUACGAAACCACGGACUUCGGGUGGGGCCGGCCGGCGAGGGUGGAGAUGGUGUCGGUGGAGAAGACGCCCGGGACGGUAGCGCUGGCGGAGAGCCCGGAGGGAGAUGGCGGCAUCGAGCUCGGGGUGGUGUUGCCGCCGGACGCCAUGGAUGCAUUUGCUUCGUGCUUUGCACAUGCCGUCGGCGCCACCGUUUGA